CACACGCACUUCCAGUCCCACUCUGAAAUAACGGAUUAGCCAGAGACAUAGCAAGGCAGACGGUGAUUAUUAGGCUACUACAUCUCCAUUCAAAACAGGCGCUUUACUAGUACAUACAAAUCUCUUUUAUAAGAACCGUGAGGAAUCUCGUCCUGGAAUAUAAUACAUUUCACCAUCCAGCAGUUUGGAAAAAACAAACAAUGCUUUCUGACGGCGACAACUAACUGACAAUGAUGACAUACAGAGGCAAUGACAGAAAAGAGCGACUGAGCCUCUCUCUUUUAUUUCAUCUGUCUCUCCUCUCUCUUCUCUCCUUCCAUGAGAAUCUGAGCCCGAUAAACCUUAACGAUUCUCACUCACCACGCGACCAGCGUCCGUCAGUAGGGUCACCUUCGGAGUUAACGCGGGCUUCUUGUGGGCGUGCGUGGCGUGCGUUAGAGUGAGUGAGUGACCAAUAGCCUUUAGGAGAGAGAAAGAAGAGAGAGUCUGGAUAUAAGCACGAUCCAACCCCCCAGACAGCAACAGAAGCAGCAGCGGGAGCCGGUCCUCCAGAGUAGCCGUCUGGACUCACCCCCAGUCCCGCAGCCCCAUGCAGGAUGCCCGGGGGGGAGCGCUGGUCCUGGGGUGUCCUCCUGGUCCUGCUCAGCCAGAGUUCAUGACACCCUGGGCGGCUUCAUCAUGCGUCUCCUGCCUGCUCCAAGCUCCCAAUCCCUCCGGCUACUCUUUCUUUUUAUCUUCGUGAUGGGGGUUGCCCCUUCCCCGGCUCUCACUGCAGGAUGCCCAGACAGGUGUGUGUGUGACGACCAGCUGGUGGUCCAGUGUGCUGGGCAGGAGCUCACCCUCUUCCCCAACGACCUCCCUCUAGCCACCCGCCAACUCAUCAUCUCCAACAACCAUAUCGGAGAACUUCCAGCAUUGCAACUCAACUACCUGUCUGAUCUGGUCUACCUGGAUGUCAGCAACAACACCCUGAUGGAGAUCUCAGAGUCCACCUUCGGGAAUCUCCGAAAGCUGGCCUAUCUUGACCUGUCCUUCAAUACACUAACCCAGCUUGAGGACCGGACUUUUGGACCAUUGUCAAGCCUCGUGAUGCUACGGCUAACAGACAAUCUGGGGCUAAAUGAGAUCCACCCGGACGCGUUCUCAGAAAAUAUUGCUCUGCAGGUGCUGGAUGUGAGCAGGAACAACCUGACGACGCUGAACAUCAGCUCUCUGAUCGCCCUGCCCUCCCUGCGCUCCCUGGGGCUCAGCGGGAACCCCUGGAGAUGUGACUGUGAGACGGAGGACCUCUGCCUCUGGGUCCAGAUAGAAGGAUUCAAGUUCCAAGAUGAGGGUCAGACAGUGUGCCAGGGGCCUCCGGAAGUGUCUGGGCAGCGGCUGGCUGAGGUGGGCAUGCAGCUGAGGGCAGACUGCCACCAGGGCCUGGGUUACUGGGACUAUCUGUUCUUUAUCGCUAUUGGCUUUGUCAUCUUCAGUGCUGGCACUGUGUCGGCAUGGGUGAUGGGUGUCCUCAUGGUGCUGUACGAGAGAUACAACAAGAGGAAGGGGGAAGACAUGGACAGUGAUGACGAGGAGGAGAGACAUAUGGGCGGAGGGAUGAUGGGGGGAGGGCAUCAGGGGAACGGGGAUCUGAAUAAAGCUGGCAUGCAGGUGUGAGUGCGGGAUGUGAGCAGCUGGAAGAUAAUAAAAUAAAAAAAGGCAGAAGAGAAAUCAGAGAGGAUACAUUACAAGGAGCAAUGGAGUGAUGGAAGGACACUGAAGAAAAGAAGGAGGAAAGAAGAGGGAUGGAGAGAUGAGAAUAAAGGACACUGGGACCUUGGACUCUGUAGAGUGACAGUCCUGUUCUGACUGGGUGUCUCUAAGUGGAAGAGAACAGGACAGACAUUAUACCCUGUGUGUGUGUGUGUGUGUGUGUGUGUGUGUGUGUGUGUGUGUGUGUGUGUGUGUGUGUGU